AUGUCUCUUAGCAACGUCUCUGCCGACCUCAUCUGGGAGAUCACCCGCUCCCAGAACUCUUACCUCGUUAAGAGAACCUCUGGUGGCGGUGUCCAGUUCUCCCGGGAUCCCCUCAACCUCACUAACAAGCAUGCUCGCAAGUAUGCUGGUUUCGUCAACGACAAGGCCGUCGGUGUUGUCGCUGGUGAGAAGGGUGGCGUCGUCGUGACCACCAAGAAGGCUGGCUCCAUCACCAAGCCCUCUGCUCGUUACACCGUCGCUUUCGGUGCUAACAAGACUGCCCGCAAGACCUACAAGGCCAUCGCCCGCCAGGUCGGCAAGACCGGCUACCGCGCCGAUCUCAUCCAGGCUGCCGUUGCCCGCGCCUCCGCCAUCCGCCGCUCUCAGCGCGCCGUCAAGCCCGAGCCCGCCCAGAAGCUCCGUGGCAACGCCGCCAAGAAGGCUGCUGCCUCUGCUUAA